AUGUCGGAAGGGGUCCCGCCACCCCCCAUCCAAGGGGGCCGAGCAAGAAGGGGUCCUGCCCCCUCUGCCAAGGGGGCCGAGCCAGAGGAGGUUCCCCCUCCGCCAAGGGGGCCGAGCCAGAGGAGGUUCCCCCGCCAAGGGGGCCGAGCCAGAGGAGGUUCCCCCUCCACCAACAAGGCCGAGCCAGAGGAGGUUCCCCCGCCAAGGGGGCCGAGCCAGAGGAGGUUCCCCCGCCAAGGGGGCCGAGCCAGAGGAGGUUCCCCCGCCAAGGGGGCCGAGCCAGAGGAGGUUCCCCCGCCAACGGGGCCGAGCCAGAGGAGGUUCCCCCGCCAACGGGGCCGAGCCAGAGGAGGUUCCCCCGCCAACGGGGCCGAGCCAGAGGAGGUUCCCCCCGCCAACGGGGCCGAGCCAGAGGCGGUUCCCUCCGCCAACGGGGCCGAGCCAGAGGCGGUUCCCUCCGCCAACGGGGCCGAGCCAGAGGCGGUUCCCUCCGCCAACGGGGCCGAGCCAGAGGCGGUUCCCUCCGCCAACGGGGCCGAGCCAGAGGAGGUUCCCUCCGCCAACGGGGCCGAGCCAGAGGAGGUUCCCUCCGCCAACGGGGCCGAGCCAGAGGAGGUUCCCUCCGCCAACGGGGCCGAGCCAGAGGAGGUUCCCUCCGCCAACGGGGCCGAGCCAGAGGAGGUUCCCUCCGCCAAUGGGGCCGAGCCAGAGUAG